AUGCCUCGUUCCAAGCGUGCCCGCGUCGUCCACGAGUCCAAGACCGCCAAAAAGUCCCACAAGGAACAAACGAGACGGCUGUACGCCAACAUUCGUGAAUGCGUCGAGAAAUACGAGCAUCUGUUCGUGUUCGGCGUCGACAACAUGCGCAACACAUACCUGAAGGAUGUGCGCACCGAAUUCGCCGAUAGCCGUGGCAGACUCUUCUUCGGCAAAACCAAAGUCAUGGCCGUCGCCCUCGGCCACAACCCCGAGUCCGAAGCCGCCCCCAACCUUCACAAACUGUCGCCGCUGCUCUCCGGCGCCGUGGGUCUGCUGUUCACCUCGCGCGACCCCGAAUCCGUGCUCAGCUACUUUGACACCUUCCGGCCGCUCGAUUUCGCCCGUGCCGGCACCGUCAGCACCCGCUCCUUCACCAUCCCCAACGGCCUGGUGUACUCGCGCGCCGGCGAGAUCCCCACCGCCGACGACGAGCCCAUCAGCCACACCAUCGAGCCCGAGCUGCGCAAACUCGGCGUCCCCACCCGUCUGGUCAAGGGCAAGGUCAUGCUCGAGCUGACGGACGACCAGGAAGGCUACCCCGUGUGCCGGGAGGGCGAGGUGCUGGACUCGCGGCAGACGACGCUGCUGAAGAUGUUUGGCGUUGCCAGUGCCGAAUUUCGUGUCGACCUCAAGGCCUACUGGACUCGGGAUACCGGCGACGUCAAGUUCCUGGAAUCGCAGGGUGGUAUGGAAGUUGACGGACAGUGA